AUGCGUAAACCUACAUCCAAAAAUAAACACACAAAUUCAGCUGUCACCAAAACAAGCGAUCAUCUACAGCCUGCUCGCCUAAACAUAGUUACCAUGGAUGGUUCUUCAGAGAACUGGACCCUGGCAUCGGCAAGAAAUAAAAAUUCAAGUAAAAGGAACCUCUCCUCGUCCUCUUCUGAACAAAAGUCGCCAAAAACAAAAAGCAACAAAAAAUUAUUUUUUACGGCUAACCGCUUUGAACCGCUUUCACAAGAUGAUCCAAUGCCCACGACUUCAUUUGGACCUACUCUAACGUUUCCUCAGGAGUCAAAUCCAGAUGGGAACAUCAAUGUCGGAGUCAAAUCAACUCUUCUCCCACCAAUUUUUGUAAAAGGUGUAAUCUGUUUUACCGAUCUCUGCUCAGAACUCAUCGAGCUAAUUAGAAUAGACAAUUUCUCCUGUAAAUCCUCAACUAACCGCCUAAAAAUUAUGAUGACCAACCCAGCUUCCUAUAGAACGCUGAUCCAUUUCCNGAGUUGCGCUUAUUUGAAGUACGUCAAGUAACUAGCUUAUUACACAAAAUCGAUUAACACACUCCUCCGCUAUUUUUCGUGGACCUCGAACAAACAAGUCAGUCCAACGAUAUUUAUAAGCUUAAAUCUCUUAUCCAUACCAAAAUUAAAUUGGAAGAACCAUACAAAUUAAAAACAAUAAGCCAGUGUAUCAAUUGCCAGGAUUAUUGUCAUACCAAAACAUAUUGCGGGUAUCCAGCUCGCUGUGUCCGCUGCGGUGCUCUCCACUCUUCUUCGGCCUGUACAAACCCACGGGAUGCUACUCCUAAAUGCGCCCUCUGCUCCGGUGAUCAUCCUUCAAACUAUAAAGGUUGCUCAGUUUACAAGGAGCUACAGCUUCGCAACAAACCAAAAAUGAGCAGUCCUUUGCUGGGGAAUCUUAGUCAUAAAAAAAAUGUACAGGUUAGUCAACCUGUGGUAACACCCUUAGCACAUUCAUCUGACUCGUCUCAAACCUACACGCAAGCUACCUCCGGUACCCACCCAAACAACAUAAUCCCUCCUCCUGUAUCAGAUAUAAAUAAGUUCCUUGACGAGUUCAAAUUACUAAUAAACCCGCUAAUCGCUCUUCUCACCCAAGUUAUCUCAAAGCUUCUAGAAAAAAAUUAAUGUCUCCUUUCACAAGCAACUCCCUUCUUAUCCUUUUAUUCAACUCAAACGGUCUCAAAAAUCCUUCAAACGAACUCCAAUUAGUACUUCAGGAGAAGCGGAUCGAUAUUGCCUUGAUUUCUGAAACGCAUUUUACAAAAUACUCCCACAUCUCCAUACCUGGUUAUCAUCUCCUAAAAACUAAUCAUCCAGAUAAUACCGCUCAUAGUGGUGCUGCAAUUUAUAUUAAAUCUUCCUUUUCUUUCCAACUUCUUCCAAAUUUCUGUCAACCGCAUCUACAGUCUUGCUGUCAACCGCAUCUACAGUCUUGUGCUAUUUUACUACACCUCAACAAUAUACCAACAACCCACCUCAACAAUAUACCAACAACCUUAGCAGCAAUAUACUCUCCUCCAAGGCAUAAUAUAAAUAUUCAAAACUAUAUGGAUUACUUCAGCACUUUUAGUCUCAACUUUAUCAUAGGUGGUGACUUUAAUGCCAAGGACCCUAGCUGUCGUACUAACAACCCAAGAGGCUCUGUUCUCUACAACUUUAUUAAUCUUAAGGGCUACUCAAUUCUCGCGCCUCCUGGACCAACAUAUUGGCCCACCUCCCUGCGGAAAAAACCAGACAUACUGGACAUAUUUGUAUCGAACACACCUCACAACUUAUUCUGCGUGGCUACCAAUCUCUUAUAA